AGGUGUUAAUUUAUAAUCUUAUAGUGUGCAAGUCCAACUAUCAUUGUUUAUAGUAGUAUAUAUAUACACCACAGUGGAGACUAACAACCAAACGCAAAAGCAAUGAAAGAAGCUGUAGUUUUCUACCCUGCACCUCUCAUAGGUCACUUAGUCUCCACCAUAGAACUAUGCAAGUUCAUCCUCACUCACCAACCAUCCCUCUCUAUUCACAUCCUCAUAACCAUAGCACCCUACGACACAUCCUCCACUUCCAACUACAUCUCCACCGUCUCCACCACCCUCCCUUCCAUUACUUUCCACACCCUCCCCACCUUCACCCCCCCACAAACCCUUCUCUCUUCCUCACUCAACCACGAAACCCUCUUGUUCCAUGUCCUCCACCACAACAACCCUCACAUCCACCAAACCCUACUUUCCCUCUCCCAAACCCACACCCUCCAUGCCCUCAUCGUAGACAUCUUAUCCUCCCAAUCUAUUUCCGUUGCUUCACAACUCAACCUCCCUUGUUACCUUUUCGUCCCAGCAAGUGCUUCACUCCUCGCUGCUUUUCUCUACCACAGCACACUCCAUGAAACCUACCACAAGAGUUUCAAAGAUCUCAACAACACCUUUCUCAACAUUCCCGGUGUCCCACCAAUGCCAGCGAGGGACAUGCCAAAACCCUUGCUCGAACGCAACGAUGAAGUUUACAAAAACUUUUUGAGUUGUAGUCUUGCAGCACCCAAAGCCGCAGGCCUUAUCGUCAACACGUUCGAAGCUCUUGAACCAAGUAGCACCAAAGCAAUUUGUGACGGUUUGUGCUUACCGAAUUCCCCAACCUCACCCCUUUAUUGUUUGGGUCCUCUAGUAACCACCACUGAACAAAACCAAAACAACUCCAGCGACCAUGAAUGUUUAAGGUGGCUGGACUUGCAACCUAGUAAGAGUGUCGUGUUUCUCUGUUUUGGAAGCUUGGGUGUGUUUUCUAGAGAGCAGCUAUGUGAAAUCGCUAUCGGGUUGGAGAAAAGUGAACAACGAUUUUUAUGGGUAGUGCGAAACCCCGUUAGCGACCAAAAGCAUAACCUUGCUUUGGGAACACAAGAGGACCCUGAUUUGGAGUUUUUGCUGCCAAAGGGUUUCUUGGACAGAACCAAAGAAAAGGGGUUAGUCGUGAAAAACUGGGUCCCACAAGCGGCGGUGCUGAGUCAUGACUCGGUGGGUGGGUUUGUGAGUCACUGCGGGUGGAACUCGGUGCUUGAAGCGGUGUGUGCUGGGGUGCCCAUGAUAGCAUGGCCGCUUUACGCGGAGCAGAGGUUCAAUAGGGUGGUGUUGGUGGAGGAAAUGAAGGUUGCACUGUGGAUGCAUGAGUCUGCAGAGUCGGGUUUUGUGGCGGCGAUUGAGGUGGAGAAGCGAGUUAGGGAGUUGAUGGAAUCGGAGAGAGGUGAGCGAGUCAGGAACCGAGUCAGGGUUGCGAAGGAUGAAGCCAAGGCUGCUACAAGAGAAGGUGGGUCUUCGCGUGUGGCAUUAGACAAACUUCUCAAGUCAUGGAAAGAAAGAGACAAAGUGUGUGUCAGUUAAAUGAAUGAAGACAUGCUUUACAUUGUACAAUUUUAUGAUAUUACUAAAAUAUUGCUUCCUCUUUAUUAAUAGUUCAGGUUAUGUCUGACCAGAGUCACAUGCAAUGUAAGUUGCUACCGUCUUCUUUUUUGUUUGGGAAAUAUGAGAAUUAGUUGAGAACUAUGGUUAUAUUGGAUUUGCGUCAUUUAAUAUAGUUUUUGCAAAUUUAGCAA